AACACUCACACACACACACACACACACGCAGUGAAACAGUUUCAGCUGUUAAUUAUGACAAGAAAGGCAAACUUUCUCAGUAACUCUGGAAAUCUUCUGUCACAACAACAACAUGCCAAGUUGGAUCAUCCACAAAGAGACACACACACAAUGUGGGACAGAAAGUGGCAACAAAGGGAAGGAGCAGAAAAAGAGGGUAAAAGAUAAAAAUGCUCAGGUGUACAGACACAAACUGCAGCUGCGAGUGUUUCCUGCCUGAACCAUUCGAUCUGAGGUCAUGUGAACGCUGCAAACACGGCUGGGUGAUGCACGCUCUCAGUAAGCUGAGUGUGUGUUCAGAUCAGGUGGAGGUUGUUCACCCGGGUGUUGUGUGUGACCUCAGUGCUCUGAUCCUGUUCAGUACACACGCCUUUCCCAUCAGGAUGAAGAUUCUCCUGGACAGACUCUUUAGUGUCCUCACACACCAACACGUCCUCAACGCCCUGCACACACACGGCUGGACCCUGCAUGAUUACGUCCGAGGAUACAAGCUGCAGGACUCGUCAGGGAAGGUUUUGGACUUCUGGGUGCUCAUGACACCUCGAGACGAAUCUGUGGCCCUGCACCAGUUUUUACGUUUUGGCGAAACUAAAUCCAUCGCAGAGCUCAUGAUCUCUCAGCACUCGCGGCUCCUGCUUUCACCAAACGUCACCACGUCCACACCACACCAGCUCGUUCUCAAUACAAGUCAAAGUCUCCAGAUGGAUGGAAUCACCAGAGGUCAAAGAUCACCUGGAUCGAGCCAUUUAGGAAAUCUUUCAGGAGGCAUAGAGGAGUGCUGCGAGUCUUCCUCAUCAUGUCUUCGCAAGAUUCCAGGAGAAUCUUGUUCACUCCAGCGAGACCAAGGGACAAGACUUGGAGACAAUGCAGAAUCUCCAGCAGGGAUCGUGGCCAGUGCCUUGAUAUGGGGGGGAGGAGAGAGGAAACACCAAGGAGUGGGGGAUUGUCGUUCAUGCUCGUCUUCUGUGCGAAAGUCUCGUGUGAGCUGUGGCUUGUGUGGGAAAACCUUCUACGACAGGGGAACGCUGAAGAUUCACUACAAUGCUGUGCAUCUUAAAAUCAAACACCGCUGCACUGUGGAGGGCUGCGGCAUGUUGUUCAGCUCGCUGAGGAGCCGCAACAGACACAGUGCUAAUCCAAACCCACGCCUGCACCACACACACCACACACACCACACACACUCCAUGACGUGUCAGCGGUCUUCAUCUCAAUCUUCCACGUCUGCGGUAAAAUUCCCACAGGAAGUGAAACUCUUUGAAGCGGCUAUGCUAGCACCUGCUAGCACAUUGUGUGUAAACACAAACAAUUACACAGAAAUGAUCGAUCAACGUAAAAUAUCAGUUUACAGUGCCAAUAGUGAAGGGGGCGGGGCUUCCACUCAUCUCUGGACCAAUCAGAAUACAAGUGAAGUCACUGGUUCAACAGCCAGGAGGAAAUCCCGCAAGUCCUCCAUGCCGGUGAAGAUCAAAAGGGAGACGGGUGAUAAUGGCACAUGA